UUCACCUCAGGCAAGUUGAAAGGCAUGUUCGGCACAGUGGAAAUAGUGGCAGAUAAAAUGGUAAACUAUUUGAAUGAACAGCUGGCGGAAGGCGAUGUAAAAGAGUUCGAGAUGAAGCAUGUAAUGGGGACCUAUGCCAUCGACGUAAUUGCCUCGUUGUUUUUUGGUUUGGAAAUAAACAGUUUUCUUGAGCCAAAUAAUGAGAUUCUUAACGUUAGCCGGAAAGUCAAUGAGCCAACUUUUGGGAGUGUGGUGCGCGGGACGUGUCAAUUUUUGUAUCCUAGUCUGGAAAAGCUAUUCAUACGUAUGGGAUGGCGCGAACAGGCGCCCAAUAUGAUGAGGCAGAUCGUACAACGCACCAUAAAAAUGCGUGAGGAGCAGAAUAUCUCACGCAAAGAUAUGCUUCAGCUACUAAUGCAACUGCGCAACAAAGGCGAAAUUAGCGCAGAUGACAAUGACUGGUCCGCAAAAGCUGGAAAUGAUGCAUCAAAACCCAUGUCCAUUGAAACUAUCGCAUCGAAUUUAUUCCUCUUCUAUGUAGCCGGUUUUGAGACGACUGCUUCCGGCAUUUCUUUCACAGCCUUUGAAUUGGCGCAACAGCCAGCUGCUUUGGAAAAAGUGCAGCGUGAUGUGAAGCAAGCGUUAGAAAAACAUGACAAUAAAUUCACAUACGAAGCGAUACAAGAUAUGAAAUACUUGGAGUUAUGUUUGAUGGAAACUACACGCAAGUAUCCCGGCCUACCGAUACUCAAUCGGCAAUGCACUCGCGACUAUCCUCUACCGGAUAGCAACUUGGUGAUCAAGGAGGGAACCCCAAUUAUUAUUUCGCUAUUUGGUUUGCAUCGUGAUGCCAACUAUUUUCCUGAUCCUAUGCUUUGGCAGCCAGAACGAUUUGUGAAUCAAAAUUAUGAUCCUGUUGCUUAUAUGCCAUUCGGCGCGGGUCCCCGGCAUUGCAUUGCACAACGU